CAUGGGAGGGGUGCUAUAUACCUGCAAGUUAAUGAUAAAUGACGAUGUGUACAAAACACAAGACUUUGGACCCCUGAGUAGGCGGUAUCAGGACUCUAGACAUUUAUUAUUAUUCUAUGGCAGCACAAAGUAACCAACACUGUGGUACAGAACGUAUCGCGGUCUCUGCAACACCAUCAACUAAACUCGUCACGUGUAUUCUGCUGGUAGUUCAACCUCAACAGUACCAGUGCUGUCUUCCCUCGUCCUUGGUGGCAACAUUUGUCUUCCCCACACUCAUUUACGUCCUAUGGAAAGGCCCUGACGCACACUAUGAAUGGGAGAGUCCAAACAGGUGACUUAUAUUACUUGCAACAAAAAAUUUAUUUCUAGGUUGUAGGUAAUCACGAUGUUUCUGUUGGGAAAGAGGAGACCAGGGAUAAUUGCACACAAAAACCUAAACGUUAAAUUGCCUCUUACCUCAAGAAUAGGGACGGUGAGUAGUAAGCCACAGAGCAUACCUAUAGUUAAUGGUAAAGGUUGAGAUAAUUGUUCAGUAAAAAUAUACAACAAAUUUUGACCAAAAUCCAUUGAACCUACAACGUUUUACAUGCACGUACUUAACGUAUGUAGUUAUUGUCAAGACAACUGGGGUUUCAACAUUCUAUUAUCAGUAGGCUAUUUUACAGACAGGCAUGACUAUAAUUGGUCUCUCAUCUGUACAGUACUAGGCCCGAUUGAACCCGAGAACCUCGGUAAGACCAUAACUCACGAGCACCUCGUGGCGGAUUUCUCCAUAUUCCAAGCCCCGCCACCCAAACAUGCCCCUCACAUGGGGACAAUGUCGCUCAUCAUGGAGAACUUGGGUUUCAUCAGACAGUAUCCGUAUAGCAUUUCAGCCAAUAUCACCCUACAUGGCGAAGAAGAUCACAUGGUGGAAGAGCUGAAAUUCUAUCAAAAGAAUGGAGGAUGCUCUAUCGUUGAAUGCACCUCUCUUGGCCUGAGUAGAGAUGUUGGGAAACUACGGAAGAUAUCAAUGGAAUCUGGAGUGAACAUCAUUUGUGGCACAGGUUAUUACAUAGACAGCACCCAUCCAUCAAACAUGAACAGCCUUACCCAGGAAGACCUGGUGGCUACCAUGGUCCAUGACAUCACCGAGGGGGCUGAUGGGACUGAUGUACGGUGUGGUGUGAUUGGGGAAGUUGGCUGUUCUUGGCCCCUGACAGACAACGAAAAGAAAGUUCUGAAAGCGUCAGCCACAGCCCAGAGUGACACAGGCUGUCCAGUAAUCAUCCAUCCCGGAAGGCACACUGACGCUCCUGCCGAGAUCAUCAGGGUACUGCAGGAGGCAGGCGGUGACGUGAGGGCGACGGUCAUGUCCCACCUUGACAGAACCUUCUUCAGUCCUGAAGAGUUUCUGGAGUUUGCUACAUUGGGAUGUUACCUGGAAUGGGACUUCUUUGGGCUGGAGGUGUCCGGUAGUCCAUGGCAGUCAGUGGCGACAGACAUGCCGAACGAUGCCUCGAGGAUCAACAUGAUUCAACAGGUGUUGCAAGAGGGGUACGCUGACCAGGUGGUCAUCUCUCAUGACAUGGACACCAAACAUAGGCUGAUGCACUAUGGCGGACAUGGCUACUCCCACAUCUUCCUCAAUGUUGUACCCAUGAUGCUGAGGAAAGGGAUCUCCCAGGAUGACAUCGACAAGAUCCUCAUCGACAACCCAAGAAAAUGGCUUACUUUCAAUUAGUAAAAUGUCGUUAUUUCACCGAAACCGCGCUGUAUACUAAAGUAAAGCGUCCUACAUCAAACGGCCGCGGGACAGUUGCGGAAUAAAAUCGACAUAGGUGGCUUCAAAGCGAUAGUGGUUUGACUUUGACUUUGACUUUAUUGACGAUGAGACAAGUCAUUAUAUGGGUCUGCCUAGGCAGCUUUGGGCUGGUCGCGGCAGAACCUAAAAUUUCAUUCAAUUGUCCCAAGGUACGCUUUAUUAAAUUAAGAUAAACAUUUAAUUGUUUUAUCUUCUCCCUUUUCAAACCUUUUUUGUCAAAUUAGAUUAAAUUGAAUUAAAGUAUUUUCUGCUUGG